AAAAAAAAUUAUGUGUAGUGUAAAUGUUAAUUGAUGUCUAAACAUGCGCGCAGCUUAAGAGCGAGUCAACUAAAAAUAAAGCAAUAAAUAAAAAUGUAUGCGCUCUCGCUUAGCUAAAGAUCAAAGAGCUGUCUCGUCUCUUUACAACAACAAAGCAACGGCACUUGCUUAUCUUAUCUAAAAUCGCAAUCUGUAAAGAGCGCGCGCGCGCUCUCUCAACUGUGCGUCGCUCUCUCUCGCUCUGUCUGGUCGCUGACUAUUUGACAGCUGACCAUGGCGUCACAAAAGUCAGUCACUUGUCCCACGCGCUGUGUGCAAGACGUGCUAAAGAGAAGAGGGUACAACAUAAUGAACGGCGGCGUCAACGGUUUGCGCUCUUUGAGCAAAACAAAGCAAAGCGCUCGCAUUAUAAUUGUUGGCGCAGGUUCAGCCGGCAUCGCAGCAGCGACGCGACUGCUCAGCGAGGGCUUCAGGAAUGUGCUGCUGCUCGAAGGUGAAAGCCGCGUCGGCGGACGUGUGCACACGAUUCCCUUUGCUGACAAUGUGGUGGACUUGGGCGCUCAGUGGUGUCAUGGCGAGCAGGGCAAUGUGGUGUAUGAAACGGUGAAGGAUUUGAAUCUGCUGGAGACGACAGAGGCGCACUAUGAAACCUUCAAGUGCGUGCGCUCGAACAAGGAGGUGCUAGCUGAAGAUCUAGCCGAUAGUCUUAAGAACAUAGCAUUUGCUUCUAUACCAGAGCGUCAAACGGAGCUGGCGGACUACAAAGGCUCGCUGGGCGAUUAUAUCUCCGCCAAGUACUGGCGUGAGCUGGAAAAGCUGCCACCUGUAGAUAAGCACAUCGCUCAAGAGUUUCUGGAAAACUUUCACAAGUUUGAAGCCUCUGUCGAGGCGGCUGAUCAUCUGUUUGAGGUGUCUGGCCAGGGCCAUCUCGAGUACUGGCUAUGCGAGGGCGAGCUGCUGCUCAAUUGGCGCGACAAGGGCUACAAGAGCUUUCUGCGUCUGCUGAUGAAGUCCAAGCCCUGCCAGCCCGACGAUCUGGGCAUACUCAAGGGCCGCGUGCUGUGCAACAAGCGCAUCACUGAAAUCAACUGGCGUGAUGGGCAACAGGUCUUGGUGCGCUGCUGGGAUGGCGAAAUCCUAACAGCUGAUCAUGUCAUCUGCACUGUGUCCCUGGGCGUGCUAAAGGAACGCCAUCAAACGAUGUUUGUGCCCGCGCUGCCCGAGGCCAAGGUGCGUGCCAUCAAAAGCUUAAAACUAGGCACUGUGGAUAAAUUAUUUUUGGAAUAUGCUGUCGCGCCACUGCCCGCGGAUUGGCCUGGCUUUGCUUGUCUGUGGCUGGCCGAGGACUUGGCUGAGCUGCGUGGCAGCGAGCGCUUCUGGCUGGAAAGCGUAUUUGGCUUUUAUCCCGUCUCCUAUCAGCCGCGUUUGCUGCAGGGCUGGAUUAUAGGCGAGCAUGCGCGUCAUAUGGAAACGCUUACCGAGCAGGAAGUGCUCGAGGGCCUGCAGUGGCUGUUCCGCAAAUUCCUGCCCAUCGCAGUGCCCGAGCCAGUGCGUCUGCUGCGCACCCAAUGGCAUGCCAAUCCGAAUUUUCGCGGCAGCUACAGUUUCCGCACCACACAGGCGGACGAAAUGCGCACAGGCGCUUGGGACUUGGAGGCGCCGCUGUGCGAAGUGGACGGCAAGCCAAGAUUACAGUUUGCCGGCGAGGCCACCCACAAGCAUUUCUACUCGACGGUCCACGGAGCUGUCGAGACGGGCUGGCGUGAGGCCGCACGCCUCAGCGACUAUUAUCGCGCCAGAACAGCGCGUAUAUAGCCAGAGCGUGUACUAUAUGUAAACAGAUUGUAAAACGACAGAAGCCAACAUGAAUUAAAAUGCACCAAAUACAGUAAAAGCGACGUAUGAAAGCAGCGAUAAAAUUAAAUAAAAUAACUGCCAUUAAAUUAAAGAUUUUUCAUUUGAGUUUAAGCUGCGAACUAGCGCAGUCAAUAUUACGCAAUUUAAUGGAAUUUUUGGCUUAAUUACUAAUUGAGUUUCAAUCUAGC